AUGUCCGAAAUCGGUUCCAGCUUGCAAGCUCGUGCAGAGCUACAGCACAUAGCCGCUGCCGUGCUUGCGUCGCUGCUGCAACUCGACUCGGAGGUUGCGAAGAUCGCAUACAUCCGAUUGGACGACUCUUUUCAGGAGCCCCUUUGGAGGCAAGCUGCAGUAGUGGCGAUUGCGGACGAUGAGCUAACUUUGGCUGUCAGAAUCUCUUCUGAGGAGGCUGCCGAAGGAAGUGCCACUACCGUAAAGGUAGGGAAUCGACGAUUCGUGCUUGUCCGGGGAGCGCCCGACCAACUUCGUGAGCGAUGCCAAGAGCCACACGUGAGCUUAGAGGUCAAGCCUCAGGAGCUGUGCAAAGCAGCGCUGCAGCUUGUGGAGGCAGAAGCCGACGUUGUGUACGUUACUGCGUCGGAGGACACAGAAGUUGCACCGCCACAGAAGGCCAAGAAAUCUGCUGUGACAGCGGACAGCGAGAGCGACUCAGAGGAGAGCAGCGAGGAUGGAGGCGUGGAUCUGUCCAAGCUACUAGCCAAAGCCAGAAAGACUUGGCUAGACACUGGUUCAAGCUCAGACGCGGAUGGCAACGCGCCAAGAGGUCGCAACAAGUCCAUCAAGCAGCGCUUUCCGUUCCUGGAGAAAACGACUACCAAAGCUCCUUCGUCGUCCAGCCUCGAUCCCACAGCUGCGUUGCAGAUGCAGCUGCUCAAGGGGAAAAACCAAGAUCCACUUCAGACGCUGGUUGCCCUGGAGCUGCUGAAGGCAACGCGUGCAAAGCCCAAGCAUCGACGAGAUCCGAGCACGUCUUCUUCUUCGUCCAGCCAAAGCAGAAAUGGCACGAACGACCGGAGAAACAAAGCCCCGCAAGGCUUGGGAAAAGCUUUCGCAAACUACCGUCAGUCAAAAAAGCGGAUGUUUCGCAAUCCCAAGAAGCACAUCAAGAAGUAUGUUCGAGAAGUUCAAGAGCAGUUAGGCGCCGGACCAGACACACCUUUCCGCCUUACCGACUACUCCAAGAAGAUCUGGUGGGGCAGACAGCGUACACUUCAACGCCUACACGUGCUUCUUUCCGAGGUGUUGACUCUGCAGCUGGAGAACAAGCACGAAGAAGCAACGCUGCAGGUAGUGUUGGGAUUGAGGGCCAUUCACCAGGCCGCGCUCGAUGGAGGCAGCUGGGAGAUCGCUUGGCUUUUGACACAUGUCGAGGACCCAAUUCAGCGCCGGCGCUUUGGCGGCGAAGAGUCCCAACUAGAGACCGUUGCAGCCUAUUUGCGGUCCCAGCAAGAACUGGAGAAGAGGGCAAGGCAGGCGAGGCUGGGUGGUCGGACGGACCUCAACAGCGAGGACAACCCGAACCCGGACCAAGCCGCCGACAAGGAGAAAGAGCGAAGGUUCCGAAAGGGGGCUGGCAAAGGCCAGGACAACUAG